AUGGAGACCUGGUUUUGGAUUCUUGGAUGGGUUCUUUCGUUUCUUGCCAUCACUGGAAAUGGAUUUGUAAUCUUCCUCGUCUGCAGCAGACGAAAUCUCCGCACCAAAACCAACGCGUUUAUUGUUUCACUUGCAGUAGCGGAUUUCUGUGUUGGUUUGAGCGUCAUUCCUUCUUUGUUUAUAUGCGACGUUACAAGCACCUGUGAGUGGCCUCAGACUUUUCCGUCAUGGAAAGAUGUCGUAAGGUGGCUGUUUAGCUACCUGUCUGUUUUAAACUUGAGUUCUCUGGUGCUCGACCGUUAUAUCGCCAUCGUAAAGCCUUUUAAAUACAUAACUUUUAUGACUCGAUCUCGUGUUAUUGAAGUGAUAACUUCCUGUUGGAUAGCGUCAUUUACAUUGGUUGCGUUCAAGACCGCACUUCGGCUUUGCUGUGAGACCCCUCUGACCAGUAUCGUUGCAGUUGUGGUUUUAAUGAUUUCCAUGGAAAUCGUUCCAUGCGUUCUGCAGAUAUUCUGUUUUGUGUCAAUGUUACCUCAUGUAUGGAAACAUGAUCGGUCAGCACACACCCUAGCAAAACAGUUACGUUUUAACCAUGGGAUAUCUUUUAAAACCCAUAACGAGACGUCUGCAGUAAUAAUGAUGGGUAUUGUGAUAGGAGUGUUUGUUGUGUGCUACGGAAUAUAUUUGCGUUGUAGUCUCGUAGUACUAUCCGACACAAAUGCAUCAUGUAAAGAUGAACAAUACAAAAUUCCUGUAUUGGUUUUAAACUCGGCCAUUAACCCAAUGUCUUAUGCUUUUUUCAAAAGAGACAUAAAGAAAGAGUUUAAAAGGCUUAUCAGUCAGCUGGUUUAAUUUAGGCGGAAAAGUAACCGUGUAGAGCCUUCCACUUGAUCAUUUUUGAAGGACAUAGAUCUUAAUAUUGGUCGGCAGAACUGCCUUUGAUAGCGGAUUGUGUCAGGCAUCGCAGGCGGCAGUUUUGGGGUCGGCAAAUCCCUGGCGGUUUGUCUCAAAUCAUAGUUUGGAAGCACUGGUGUUUAAGGAGGGACAAGAACCAAAGGAGGACGAGGAUACAAUCCAAAAAGGGACCUUACUAUCCAAAAACAGAGACGCCAAUGAAAACGUCGCUGAAAAAUAGACUUCGCGUCCAUUGAAACUUUUUCGCCCUCAUACCAAGUCGCCCAGUGAAUUGAAAGUGCGGAACAUGUGUUAGGUUCGAACUGAAGAGAGGAGACCGCGUCCGAGUUCAGAGAGGGAUAGUAAAUAAAUUUAUCGCCUUGUCGUUCCAGUUCUUAAGCCCGUCAUCUAAAAAACAUUGACUAUUCCACGUUGUAGUUGUGUAGGGACAGCGGAGAAAUGUACAAAAAAAAGUGAGGCACGUGCAGCCGGAGCUGUUGUUUUGCUCACUGAAGCCUAUUGUGUUUUAGGCGUUCUUCUUGCCGUCGCCGUUGUAGUUUCGUAAGGUUCCUAGCAGUAUAUGUCAGUUGCUCUUGAAACGGCGAUUCUGAGGUAUCAAGCCUACGUCAAAGGUAGUGGUAGACGAAAUUUCUAAUUGAAACUUUUUGUUUCAAACCAAGGGAAAGUAUUUCUUUUUCCUGGCUUUAUUUUCCACAUUAAUUAUUGUAAUCAACUCUGUUAAGUAGUUUCCUAGAAUUUAAACAAGCAUGAAGUAAACGUUUUUGUUUUUGUACAGGAAAAGAAUUGUAUUAUUUUUUCCUUUCCCUGAAAACUGAUAGUUAAUUAACCUCAGUCCAUGCUAGGUGUGAAUGAAAUAUUAAAAACUUUAGAGCAUGAUCUGUAUGAUCCAUACAGGCAACAUGGAUAUUUUUUUUCAGGUUCCCAUUGAUCCCUAUGGGGUGGCGAAAAGCAAUCUUUUUCUUCAAACAAGUUUUAAAGCUGUUUAGAGAACGUCAGUGGACGAUUUUGUAAUAAUUUGUAAUACCCGUCUUGAUUUGCAUUACGUAGUAGCUGUUCUAAUUUGCUUUAAGAAGGAUCCUCAGUUACUUUCCUGUCAUGUUCAGGGGUCUCCGUACCAAUGAAAAUAAAGCUAAAAAAGUUAACUGAAAACAGGUAUUGCAAAAAGGAAACAUAAAUUCAAAUAAACUAUUGCAAAGCGAUUUAUUUCUGUGUCCCACAUGAUGAAAAAGUGACUCUAAAGAUGUUGUCUUUACCAUGAUCUCCAACAUUAGCAUAAUUCAGAGACAUCUUCGGAAAUUAAUCGCUAUGCUAUGAGACGAAACUGCAUUUCAAGACCUCAUCAUUUUCUUUAGAUAUAAGCCAGUUAUGCAUGUCGAUAGCAUAUUUAUUCAAUGUUUUUUAUGGCCCUUCAAACUUUGUUUCAAAAUAUUUCCAAAAUUCAGCUGAACCAGGAGUAAAGACUAGGUGUCCCAGUGUCCCAGCGGCACAUUACCACCCGAAAAAUUUCUAAAGAAUUCCUCCAUCCCCCCCUCCUUCCCAUGGGACCAUGGGAAACCCUAGCAAGAGUAGACGAGAUGUCCACCGCUGGAACGGUACAUUAAAAAACGCUACAUAACAACAUUUUUGACAUUAAGCGAUAAAGAACACUUUCACCUUUAACAAUGUAUUAUAUUCCAAGAAUUUAUUACAACAUUUUAUUGCUAUUUUAUUAUCAAACACACAAAGAAACAUUUAGUAUUAAUGUAUUAUUGUCUUGAUGCACAUUUUUGUGAUAACACAGCCCAAUACAAACUAUUAUUUAAUGACAUUAAUUAGCAAAUUAAGACGAUGUAAAGAACAAAUAGGGCAUUUUCACUCACGUGGCCAGCACCUAUGCAAAUUUAUUGGAACAAAAGAGAACGUUUACAUAGGAAAAGAUUUCAGUGUCCCUGAUAUUUACGCAAGAUGUUGGUUAUAUUCUGCAGUUGAUAAGAACUUCCUUUAACUGUUAAGAUGGAGAUCUGGUUUUGGAUUCUUGGCUGGGUUCUUUCAUUUCUGGCUAUCAUUGGAAAUGGAUUUACAAUCUUCCUCGUUUGCAGCAGACGAAAUCUUCGCACCAAAACCAAUGCGUUUGUGGUAUCACUUGCGGUAGCGGAUUUCUGUGUUGGUUUGAGCGUUAUUCCUUCUCUGUUAGCUUGCGAAUUUACAAACACCUGCCACUGGCCUGAUUAUUGGUUAUCGUGGGUGAAUAUUAUAAGAUUGUUGUUUAGUCACUCGUCUGUUGUAAACUUAUGCGGCUUAGUACUGGACCGUUUUAUUGCCAUCGUCUAUCCUCUAAAAUAUAUUACUUUGAUGACUCGCCGUCGAAUUACACAAGUUAUUUUCUUCUCUUGGGCUCUACCAGUUAGUUACAAUGCGCUAAAAAAUACCCUUUGUAUUGUCUUAUUUCAAAACGAUACCUCCGAGUGUCCUUUUAUUUGGCCGACCAUAAUUUCCGAGUUUCUUCCAUGUGUUGUAUUAAUGCUCUGCUUUGUAUCAAUGAUAUUUCAUGUAUGCAGGCAUGAUCAGUCAACACGUACCUUAGCAAAACAGUUGCGUUUUAACCAUCAGGUAUCGUUUAAAACCCAUCACGAGAAGUCCGCAGUAAUAAUGAUGGGUAUUGUGAUAGGAGUGUUUCUUGUUUGCUAUGGUAUGUAUCUACGUUGUAGUUUUCUAAUACUAUCCUCAUCACCAUGUAAUGAUGAAAACUACAAAAUUACUUUCUUGGUUUUAAACUCAGCUAUUAACCCACUGGCUUAUGCCUUUUUUAAAAGAGACAUAAAGAAAGAGUUUAAAAGACUCGUUGGCGCUGUGUUUUAUAGAAAAUAACAAAGUUAACUAAAACCUACCACUUGACGUGCGUAACUCAUUCUUGUAGGAUGUAAGUCUUUUAUGAACGAGUGUGAAAGGCUUGAGCAAUUCAGUAAAAGACUGAUGAAUGAGUGAGGCAUGGACUCAAAGCGAAUUGAAAUUUGGAAAAUUUGGAGCCGAUUAGGAGAGAAAACAAAAACCUUUUGACCCUAACAGAAAAUACAAGGGAAAUACAAGUUCUUAUUGGAUGGAACUUUUUAGUUUCACAUCAUGAGAGUACAAUUUCACACCCUGCUACCAAAGCCCGCUUUGCUUCACUUGCUCGAUUUUGGCAUACUCCAGCAUGACUCUGUGUCAAUCGAGUAACAAAGAUAGCGUGAGCAUGUGCUGCUUGUUGCUUGGAUAUAGUUUGGAACCCAGGCUUAAUAGCCGUGCGCUUUGUACAUUGGGCUCAUCGGUUAUAAUCAUCAGUUUGUCAAUCUCAGUCUGAAACGGAUGCUUACACUCUGAAUACCAGUUUGAAAAGAGAAAUGAAGAUUGACAAGUUCAGAAGUUCGAGGUUCGGUGACUUCAUAAGGCUUGGCGCCAAUUUUCCUCCACACUGAGGUUGUUUCUUCAAUAGCCUUCGUAAUCAACUCUGUUAACGGCGAUAGAUUCCUAGAAUUUACCGAACCGAACUGAAAGAUUAACUGUACGAUAUUCUUGUUAUAUGAAGUAAUUCCCUUGUUGAGAAAAACACAAAUAAAGAAAUGUAGUUGUUUUGUAAUCUUUCCGUGCAAGUUUAUUUCAGCUCAGUCCUGCAGGUGUGACUGAAAUGAUAAAAUCGUGUAAAGUGUAAAAUGACUUGUUAUGGAGAAAAAAAGGUAGCUAUCAAACAUUACACGAAAGUAAUACUAAUUUUCCUUAAAAUUCUGUGGAAAUCAUGACAAAGAAAUUAAUAUUGGUUGCUAAGGAAGCCCAACAGCAAAUUGGAUAGACGAGUUGCUUGUGGCUGGAACGAUAUUAAAAUCGUUGCAUGCCGAAUGAAUAAUAAAACCUUCCAAUUUAGCUGUACGAAAUAAAAAUAAAGUAGAAGGCAUCUAACUAAACAAUAUUGUUAAUUGAUUGAUAACUGAGCUAGUGAAACAGUUCUUAAAGAUCAUAUCGACACCCCAGGCGUCUUGCGCCAUAUAUAUAUAUAUAUACAUAUUGAAAGGGUUAUAAAAUAACAAGGUUCUAUAAAUAAUUAAUUAACUGUUAGACAUUCAAGAAGUUUUUUUGAAGAGGGUGUUUUUUGCACAGUUGAACUGCCUUUAAAAACUUAUCGACAUUGUGUUUCUGUUUCACAUCGUGAUCAGUUUAUUUUUUUUCCUCGCUCUUUUUAUUAACUGAAAACCAUUGCAUACUCUAUUUAGUAUAGCAGUGGAGUUAAACGGAACAGUCUAGGCAGAUUACCGUGAUGCUGCUGGCUCCUAUCGGUCUUGUUUUAUUUUCUCGCUUAUGCAUGAAUAGUUAACGACAACAGUGGAAACGUUCUCAGGCAAAUUUAGUAACGCGCUGUACGUGAUAUUUAAGAGACGGCCUUGGCUUUUUAUUUAUUAAUGCACUUUUGUCGUAAUUUGUAGUAGACCUGUCGCAAUUUGUAGGAAAUAUGUCGGCCUCAAUUUAGACUAAAGUGAAGGUACAUUUUUUUUUAAUGACGGCUAAGGUCACGGUUAAUUCCAUCUGUUAUUACUGACAGACCAGACUGGUUUAGUUGUAAAGAGAAUAGUUAAGAUCCAGCCAGAUCAGAGCAAUUUCGAUUAAGAUCGGCAAUGUUGGAGUGAUAAAAUUGUUGUCUCAAAUACCGCUCCUUUGUAGGAACAAUAAACAAACGCGCCAAGGCUUUGCACGGGUCGAUGUAGUUCAAUUGGGCAACUGGAAUUAACAACAUUUCAACCGGAAUUUUUGUUGUAUUGAAAGCGCCCAUUGGCUUUGAAUUACAGCGGUUAAGACACCCAACUAUCCUCAUUUUGCUACCAACUGUGUUGCGACAGUUCGGUCAGAUACCUACUGCGCAUACGAAACACAUAAUUAUUAGAAAUUACCAAGUUUAUGACAAAGUAGGACAAUAAAAAGCACUUCAGUCUAGUAACAAUUUACAUUUGCCAGUGAACAACUCAAAACCUCCUGACAUAUUUGCAAAGAGGAUAUUUUUCUUUUAUCUGUAGUUAAUAAGAACUUCUCUUAACUGCCCUUAGUACGGAUGGAGACCUGGUUUUGGAUUCUUGGAUGGGUUCUUUCGUUUCUUGCCAUCACUGGAAAUGGAUUUGUAAUCUUCCUCGUCUGCAGCAGACGAAAUCUCCGCACCAAAACCAACGCGUUGAUUGUUUCACUUGCAGUAGCGGAUUUCUGUGUUGGUUUGAGCAUUAUUCCUUCUUUGUUUGUAUGCGACGUUACAAGCACCUGCUACUGGCCUCAGGUUUUUCCUUCAUGGAAAGAUGUCGUAAGGUGGCUGUUUAGCUACCUGUCUUUUUUAAACUUGUGUGCUCUGGUGCUCGACCGUUAUAUCGCCAUCGUAAAGCCUUUUAAAUACAUAACUUUUGUGACUCGAUCUCGUGUUAUUCAAGUGAUAACUUCCUGUUGGAUAGCGUCAUUUACGCUGGUUGCGUUCAAGACCGCACUUCGACUUUGCUGUGAGACCCCUCUGACCAGUAUCGUUGCAGUUGUGGUUUUAAUGAUUUCCAUGGAAAUCGUUCCAUGCGUUCUGCAGAUAUUCUGUUUUGUGUCAAUGUUACUUCAUGUAUGGAAACAUGAUCGGUCAGCACGCACCCUAGCAAAACAGUUACGUUUUAACCAUGGGAUAUCUUUUAAAACCCAUAACGAGACGUCUGCAGUAAUAAUGAUGGGUAUUGUGAUAGGAGUGUUUGUAGUGUGCUACGGAAUAUAUUUGCGUUGUAGUCUCGUAGUACUAUCCGACACAAAUGCAUCAUGUAAAGAUGAACAAUACAAAAUUCCUGUCUUGGUUUUAAACUCGGCCAUUAACCCAAUGUGUUAUGCUUUUUUCAAAAGAGACAUAAAGAAAGAGUUAAAAGGCUUA